AUGCUGACGUUCUGCCCAACGUGUGCGAACGUCCUCAUGGUGCGAAAAGACGCGGGGGGCAACGUUAGGUACGCCUGCCAAUCCUGCCCCUACACCUACUUCAUCGACAAGGAGAUAACGAAGGUGAUCCGCGUGCAUAAGAAGGAGGUGGACGACGUUCUUGGCGGAGAGGACACUUGGAAGAAUGCGCAGAGGACAGAAAACAGUGAGUCGCUCGCAGUACGGCCCGCGUUGGUGCGGCCCAUGCAGCGGGUUUCACCAGCGUUGUGGUGA